UCAGAGUCAACUUACUACAAUUAGUUGGUCAGUUGACUAACGCGGUAGAUCAGUAAAUUUUACCGAUAGUAAAAAUUAAGAAAAUUAAAGUAGUUUAUUUAAAGUAAAAUGGCGGCAAAAGAUUUGAUAUCGUUUGAUAAUGAAGUAUUCAGUGCCUAUGUCUUCUGGUCGGCAGUUUUGGUUUUGAAACUUUUGUUCAUGUCACUGCGGACGGGUAGGCUCCGCUUCAAAACACGGACCUUUCUCAAUCCAGAGGAUUUGGUUAAAAAAGGUUUUAAAGUGGGAUUCGAUAAUCCCGAUAUUGAACGCGUGCGCAGGGCACAUCUCAAUGAUCUGGAAAACCUUUUGCCAUUCUUCGUGAUUGGUUUCCUCUACGUGCUGAUCGACCCAACCCCUGCUCUGGCCAUCAAUCUCUUCCGUAUUGUGGGCAUUGCGCGUAUUGUGCACACAAUUGUAUAUGCUGUUGUUGUUAUGCCACAACCCAGUCGCUUAAUGGCGUACUUAGUUGCUUUCAAUCCAACAAUCUACAUGGCCAUCCAGGUAGUGAUUGCCGCUUUGUAGAAAUGCCUUGUGAACUUUGAGCAAUGAUUUUCACUCUCGAGAACAACAUCUUGUGGAAACAAAAAAAAAAAACUGUCUAUAAGCACUUGAUUUUGACGAAUUAGAGAGAAAAGGCCGUGAGCAAAAUUUCUGACCCAUAACAAGAGUAAUUAUUGCAGUAAGUAUAUUAAAUAAAAAAAUUACAAUAGUUUUUGGUUAAAAAAAAAUGUAAAUGAUUUAUUUUAAAAUAAUAACACAUGUAAUAAGUUCUGUGAGAGAGGUGUGUAUAAAUAAAUAUAUAUGGAAGUUAACAGAA